CGUCCUUGAGGCUUUCUCGCCAACUCCUGAUUCCCAACACCUACUCAUCCUAUUAUUACCCUAGUAUAUCAUACUCCUCUUAGUCCUAUAUUCUGUGCUAUCAUCUAUGUCGUCAGGUCCUACCCCUGCCUCGGCCCACCAUGAUUGUUGGUCCUUCAUACGCGGAAUAUCUCCUCGCCGGAACCGCCAUGAUCCUUUUCACCUACCUCGGACCGCUCUGCGUCGCCUACUUCCUCCUCCUCCUCUCCAUAGCCGGCAUUCCAGGCAUAUCCCACCCGAUAUCCAUCGCAAUCGAAGUCCUCGGCGCCCUGGAGAUCCUGUUCUACUUCGUCUGGUUCCUCCCCUACCGCGCCUACCUCCAACGCCGUAGACCCCUGUCAGGCCCCUUGGCGCGGGACAUGAGGAGACGGCUCUUUUACCGACAGCUCGGCCAUGUGGCCGACAUGGAGACGUACCUGUCCAAGUGGCACCACGGAGCCCAGUUCAGCGAUAUCCGCCGCGACAAUCUGCAGAGCUGGCUUCUCUGGGCGCUGUUCGAGCGGGACGGGGACCCGGGGGAGGAUGCCGCUGAGGUGGACGAGUAUAUCGAGGCCAUCGAGCGGAAGUGCGGCUUCAGAUUCCAGACGGGGUCGGGAGUUGCGGUGCCCCUUCGUCUGGCUUUCGAUCCGGUCCAAAUGAGGCAUCGCAGUCUACUCUUCUACAUGAUGGUCGGCUUCCUCGACACGGUCACAGCCACCAUCCUCCGCCUGAGAGGGUUCAAAUUCUACCGCCAACCGCGCGGGAGAUUCUUCACCGUCUUCCCCCCGCGUCUUCAAACCGUCCUAGCCACCUCCGCGUCCGCCUCCCCCCAGCUCUCCUACUAUUACCGCCCGCCCGCCCCCUCGCCAUCAUCGACCUCGCCCUCCCACCGCCCCGUCCUUUUCCUCCACGGAGUAGGCAUCGGCCUCGCAGCCUACCUCCCCUGGCUCCUCUUCUUCGCCCCCCCCGAAGCAGCGAUCCUCAUCCCCGAGUUCCUCCCCGUGUCAAGCCGCAUCUGCGCCCCGCUCCCCCCAACCCUCGACCUCAUCCGCAGCCUCUCCGCCAUCCUAACCCAACAAGACCUCCGAGACGCGGUCCUGGUAGCCCACUCCUUCGGCACCUUCCUCCUCUCCCCCUUGCUGAGCGACCCGGACAUGGCGAACCGCGUGUCGGCCAUCGUACCGGUCGAUCCCGUGUGUCUCCUCCUCCACCUCCCGGAGACGGCCUACAACUUUACGCGCAGCAGACCGCCAAGCGGCGAGCGGGGGGCCGAGUGGCAGCUCCGCUUCGUCGGCACGGAUCCCGGGAUUUCGUACACGUUUUCGCGGAGGCUGCGCUGGCAUGAGCAUAUCCUGUGGGGGGAACAGCUGCUCGACAGGGCGAGGGGCUGGCGGGCUACGGUGGUGGUUGGUGGGCGGGACAGCAUCAUUGAUCCCGCCGCCGUGGCGAAUGAACGAAGUGAUGAGAGCGAUGCUGGGUGGCUAGCUUCCAAGGAGCGCUGGACGGGGCGGGAGGAGCUGGAGCUGAUCUACCUUGCGCACUUGGACCACGGGCACACAAUUCUUGGUCAUGAUGGAAUGCGGGUUUUGGGCGAGGUUGUCAAGACGUAUACGAGCGUGGAGAGUCUAGAUAGUGUAGAGAGCGCGUCAACUGCUGGGACACCUCAGUGA